UAUAAACUACAAAAAAGUGAAUUUUCCAUAUGUAAAAAUGAAAGAGAUGGUUCAACAAGUUGACAAAUGCGAAAAAAGAAAGAAUUAGACGCCUUAUUCAAUCAUAGAAUCAAAUCAAUGAUGCCCGCGAGAAAGCACAGUACAAAGGGGUAUAUAAACAUAAAUAAAAAUGGCAAUAUCGAUGUCUUAGAAAAUAUUGAGAUAAAUAAAAUGGAGAAUUCUACCGGUUCUUCUAGUUCAUUAGAGGAAAUAAAUUUACAGGAAAAGCGAAAAAUAAGUACCAAAAAACAUACAAACAUUACCAAACUAUGCAGCAUAUGUUUGGUAUUUUUAUUAUUUCUUUCAUUGAUAUUGAGUCUUACAAUUAUAUUUAUGCAUCUUGAAACAAAGCAAGAAAUUAAUAAUUUGGCAUCACGUUUUAAAUAUAUUGAAAUUAAGAAUCUUGAAAUGCUUAAAGACACAAAUAAUUUUAAAACAAAAGUAUUAAAUUUGACAUAUUUAAAUUCAGACAAAAAAUUUGGUGAUCAAAAUUAUAGUAAAAACAUUGAUUUAUCUAAGAUUAUUCAAAAGAAACAAAACUUACAAAUUAUGAAAUCGCUAAUGCUUCUGGGUAGCGAUUUGGGCAAACUUAAAGCCGAUAUAUCCGAAAUAAAGGACUCUUUCGGCCGAUACAAGAGCGGGUAUUGGAAACCUAUGAAUCCUCAUGGAAAAUUGGGUCCAGAUCAGUCCUCAAUGUCAUUGCUGGGUAAAUCGGAAGUUUGGAAUAUUUCUAAAAUCAACAGCACCGCUAAAACUAUCACUGAUCAUUCUAGUAUUAUAGAUAAAUAGCUUUAUCACACAUUAUAUUAAAAUGUAUAUAAAUGAAAAUUUUUUUUUUAAAGAAUAUUUAAAAAUAAUUUUUUUUUAAUUUACAUAUACAAAAGAAAACUAGUCUAUUUGUAAUAAAAUGUUGUAUUUAUAAUAUAUGAAAUAGAAUGUGCAAUU